UACUGUGUAUUAACGUUUAAACUUUAAACAGAUAAUGAUCAAAAUAACGGUGGAUUAUAUGCUAACUUUUAUUUUAUUUUUACUUUCGGAUCUGUUUAAACUGAUUAAACAUCGGCUCGGAGUUUUAUCUAAUCACUGAUAAUUUAUGUGUAUCUUUAAAUUUAUAUGAUAAUGUAUAAAUAUUUAAUCAGUAUGGAUUCAUACUGGACAUGUCAACCUACCACUUAGGCCUACUGGAUUUUCAUAUGACUGACAACGAUGAUCGAAUUAAUCGAGCAUACCGUGUUUACACUUGUCCUUGCGGUUCUUAUUAGCAUAUAUUACAAGAAAGGCCCGCAACAGUUCUUCAGAGUUAUUGUUCUUGCUCUUAAAGAGUUGCCCGGAGUAAGGGCGAUAAUCGAUCUAGUCCUGAAGAAUGAGGUAUCCAGUUUCGUGAAUACAACAAGUCUGGCCCAAGAUGUUGUUAAGAGCAAGGCUAAAGUCUGUAUUCCGGAAAAAGGAUUUAGCGCUGAAGAUAUGCGUGUACAGAUGAAAAAUUUACAGAAACGUAACGCUAAUCCCGAACGUGACGGCAACGUCUUUGCGUACCAAUACACGUUGUGUGACGAUAACUACAGGCUUCAACAGGAAGCAUUCGAUAAGUUUUGUGAGAAAACGGGCCAUUCAGUAGAGCAUGACGAACUGGUAAAGGAAUUCUUCCAUGGAUUUAUGCACGAGAAUGCCCUGAACCCGAUCAUAUUCCCUGCUUUAAGAUUAAUGGAGACAGAAGUUGUUAGUAUGACAGCUGCAAUGUUAAAUGGUAAUAGUGAAGUCGUCGGGUUCCUAACUUCCGGCGGCACAGAGAGCAAUCUGAUGGCGGUAAAAACCUUCCGAGACAUGGCGCUAGCGACGAGAAAUAACAUCAGAAAACCAAAUAUUGUAGCCCCUAUAACUGUACACCCGACUAUAGAUAAAGCGGCUCAUUAUUUCGGACUGGAUGUUAUACAUACACCUAUGGCUUCGGACUUCCGGGCUGAUGUGAAAGCUAUGGAAAAGGCUAUCAAUUCGGACACUGUGAUGCUAGUAGCGUCGGCUACACAAUUUUCUCUAGUAAAGUCGAGUUAUAUCUUACAUUUUACAUGUAAGUUUUAUUUGUUCAUCUAUUUUUUUAUUUGUUUUGUUAUUGCUAUCAAGAAUCAAAUAAAGAGUAAGUGGUUUGAUUUUGUUUGCCGUGUUAUGUCUAUAACAAACGACAUAAAUUUUAGGGUGGAGAAACUGGGGUAUCCUGUACCGAAAUUUGAUUUCCGGGUUCCAGGUGUGACUUCAAUGUCUGCAGAUGUUCACAAAUAUGGAUUUUGUGUGAAGGGUGCUAGCGUUAUUUGUUACCGAAAUUCUGAUAUAAGAAAAUAUCAGAUUUACGCCUAUUCAGAGUGGCCAGGAGGUCUAUAUGGUUCCCCUUCAAUGGCAGGCACUAGGCCAGGUGGUAAUAUUGCGGCAGCCUGGGCGGCAAUGAAAGCUUUAGGGCAAGAGGGUUACAUGGAGAAAGCCAAAACACUGAUGGACACAACUGUAAAGAUGAUUACUCGGAUAAAGACGAUAGAGGGACUACAAAUCAUGGGUGACCCUUGUAUGACAGCGUUCGCCAUAUCUGCAAGUAAUCCGAACAUCAAUAUACAAGCUGUUGCUGAUGCCAUGGAAACAAAAGGUUGGAAAAUGGAACGAAAUCAACUGCCAGAUUCUCUUCAUUGCUCUAUACUUCCACAUCAUGAACAUGUUGCUGACAAGUUUUUAGAUGACCUUGAGGAGGCGGCCAAGUAUUGCAAGGAUAAUAAAGCCCUGGCAAAGAAAGGAACGGCGGGUGUUUACGGUAUGAUGGCGAAUAUACCGGACAAGGGAAUCGUCACGGACUUCCUUGUCGAAUUCUUUAGCGAGGUGUACAAAUGUAAAUAAUGAAGUGAUAUAAAAGUAAUCUCAAAAUAGCAACACAAUAAUAAUUGAUGUACACAGCAGUGGUAAAAAUGAAAAUGACUAACUCCAAAAACUCCGACAGUUCAAUGUUUGAGGAUUGAUCCGUGAUAGAAAAAACAGGAUGUUUGUUUGUUGACUUAGAAUAAAAGAUAUACUUAUUUAGAAGUGAGAAAAUUUGAUACAGAUUAUUAAUAACAUUAUGAAAAAGUUUUGAGAGAAACUCAUUAAAACAACAACAACAAAGGUUUCGUAAAGUUUGACAAUUGCCUCUGGGAGAAUAAUUUAUUGACAGCACUGUAAUAACUUUUUUAUUUAUAGAAAUGAAAUUGAAUAUCUUAUAUGAAAGUCUUUUCGGAAUGAUUUUCCGUUUGUCUUUU